UCUUUUUCUUCUCCCCGAUGCUCUGCCUCCCCGACCAGCCCCCCCCCUAAGCUACCGACUUCUUCCUCCUUUGAAAGUCGGUAGAAGACUUGAAAUUUCUUCUUUCCUUCUUGUUCAAGAACUGAUUUUGGGGCUUAGAACUCUCCUUAAACCCAGAAUUUUCCCCAGAUCUGCUCGGUCUCUUCCUCCCCUGUCCAUCGGGUUCUGCUGGGUGUGGAUCCUUCGGCUUUUCUGCCGCGAGUUCCCCUGCAGAAUUUCUUCUUCUCUGCCGCCGGCUUCUCCCCCCUGCUAGGUUCGGUUUUGCUUGCUGAAUUCCGGUUUUGAUCGUUCUGUCACCAUAGCACUUGGGUUAGCCUUCUGUUCUGUGCGAGUAAGGUAAGUAAAUUAUGGUAAAACCCUUCAAUUUUAAAGCAUGUUUUAAACUGUUUUUGAGAUGGUGGCAAGGUUCAAAUUAAUUUUAAAUUGAUUUUAUCAGCAUUUGAGUGUGGUUAAACUGAAAUGGAAAUCGUGAUGAUUUCUGUGAGAAUUUCACUAUUUUUCUGGAAUUGAGCAUGAAUGGAAUAAAAAUGAGGAUUUUAUUGAUUUCCUGGAAUUGAGCAUGAUUGGAAUGAAAAUGAGAAUUUCAUUGUUUUUCUGAAGUUGAGUAUGCCUAUUUGGAAAUUGACUGAACUGUUUUGAUGAACUGAGAGUUUUUGUAAAUUCUGAGUUUUCUGUUAAAUCCAUACUCACAUGGAUAUUUUCCGGUUGUUUCUGAAAUUGGAGAUUGAUUGUCUUGAUGAUCUGAAAGUGAUUGGUGAAUUAUGUUUUUCUGUUAAUUUUAGCCUGUUUUGUCUCCGAUGUGGUCACGUUUCUGUAAUCCUGCUAGUGAGAGUUAAACGCUAGCACAUGUCGGCCCAUGUCGAUAUGUUAUUGAUGAUCCUGCUAGUGGGGGUUAAACGCUAGCACAUGUCGGCCCAUGUCGAUAUGUUAUUGAUGAUCCUGCUAGUGAGGGUUAAACGCUAGCACAUAUCGGCACCUGUCGAUAUGUUAUUGAUGAUCCUGCUAAUGGGGGUUAAACGCUAGCACUUGUCGGCAUAUGUCAAUAUGUUACUGAUAGAACCAGUUCGUUUCUGUAACCCUGCUAGUGGGGGUUAAACACUAGUAAUUUCUGUUGCUUGUCAGUGAAAGGUUUAUAACACUGGCCGUGACCUAUAGAGGAGAUGUCUAUUUUGUGCUCGUACUGUAUCUGUUUUCAUGAUUAUACUUGUUGGCAUGCUAUGAGUUUAAUUAACGGUUUGUCAGGAAACGUUUUGUUAUUGAACUGAAUCUGAUUUUGCAUUAACGGUUUUGUCAUUGAAUGUUUUGCUAUUGAACCAAAUUUGAUUUCCGCAUUAACGGUUUAUCAGUGAAAGUUCUGUUAUACUUACAUGGUUUAUCUGACAUGUUAAAAGUUUUACCCAAGGGCUAUCCAUAUUUACUUAUUGAGUUAUCUCAUAGUUUUCUUUGUCCACCAUUUCAGGAAGCGAAACCAAGGACGGGGAAACCGAGGGGAGUGACGAGUUAGAAGGCUAGCCAUUUUGUAAAGUGAAUAUAGAUUCGAGAUAUAGAUCAUGAUCUUGUGAAUUAAAGUUUAAUUGGAGAUUUUAUAACUUUAUUUAAUGGAUUGUUAGUUUACAAUAGAUUUGACCUGGAGAAUUUGAGAUUAAAUUAUGUUGGACAUAGAAUUAUUUUGAGAUGAUUGAUUUGAGUUAUUGGAUUGUCAGAUAUGAAUUGAAUAAGUUCUGAGCCUUGUG